AGUGCCUAUAUUUUCCACAUUGUUUUCAAAGGGUGGGCAGAAAAGAAAGUGUGUGAAAGAUUUCCAGUUUUCAGAAAAGGAAGAUAAGGAAAGCCUGUUCCUCCUAACACAACCACAUUGUGCUCAAGAAGCUGGGCUGUGAGAGAUCAGGGAUUGUCCUUGUUUGCUUUUCACUGUACGUUUCCCUCCAGUGUGGUUCAGCCUCAUUAAUCAUGGUUUUUGAAGAUAGUGCAUUUCAUCUGUCUCCAGCAAAGAAUCAUCAGUGGUUUCUAUGGGUUUACCUGUGCUGACUUCCAGAGAUGGAAACAAACCAAGGUGUCUCGCAGCAAGCUUCCUUUUUAUUGGGGUGGGGGAAUCUAUGCAAGGACUGAAGUAAAACUGUCCAAAAAUCAAAGCUGUAACAACAUAGUUCAAAGAUAAAGAAGAAAAAAAAAGAAAAAGAAAAUGAAAAAAAAAGAUCAUUGCUGUAGAUGCCCUCAGUCUUGUGUCUGUGCUCCUUCUCCUCACUCCCAUGUUUUCACUCACUUCCUUUCUGUGAAAGGUUGCUUAGCUUUUAAUUCUUUUUUAAAAUUUUUUGUCUUUACUGUUCUUUCUAUAUAAAAUAGCAGAUUGGAUGGCUGUGCAUAUUAGGUGUUUGAAAUUCUCUGAAAAUCCAAAAUAAAAAAGCCAGGUCUGGAAAGGGCUUGACUGGCCUCUCCACAGGGAGCACUAAGCUCACUGGAAGUGCUUGGUCUGGGGCACCUUUUCUCACAGGAGAGUUUAAGCUCUGUGCUGAUGGUAAAAAUCUGUCAGCAGGAGGUGCUUCUAUAGGUAGACAAACCAGUUGAUUACCUUUUGGAUAAACAUUAAAAAAAAACAUAUCACCAAGAGCCUGUUUCUCCCAUAUGUAUAAGAGCCAGCAUACCCAGUACUUCCCAAGAAACUUACAAACUGUCUCUAAUUAAUCCUAGAUACCCCUCCUCUUUCCUCAAGUGCUUAUUUCUUGGGGCUCAUUUCAUUUUUCAGAGCAGACCAAUGACUAUGGUUCUACGUAGGUAAUUUACUAAUUUUUGUUUUCCAGAGAUUAUUUCCAUUCCAUCUCUCUGGACCAUGCACUGCAAUGCUGUGCAGGCUGGUACACAAAUUUCCAUGUGUACAUGGUUUGGUGUUCAGAGGUCUAUGUGUGUGUCUGUCUUCUAAAUUGGCAACUGAGGAAAUCAAGUCCUGUCAGAUUGUCUCUGGCAGCAGCUCCUAAUAAGUAUUUAUGCUCUUGGUAUAUUUUUCAGCUCUUCUCCUAAAACCUAUUCAUCUCAGUUCAAAUCUCUCAGAUUGUACAGUAUAUGCACAUUCAUUUUUUUUUUUUUUUUGGAUUACCCUCUGCCUCCACUGUUUUGUUUUUGAAUGUUCUGUAGUUUUGUAUGAGACAAGACUUAGCCUUGGGUAUUUCUUGCUGAAGCUUUAAUGCUUUGUAAAUAAAAUCGGAUGUUUAUUAAAAAAAAAAAAAUGAUGUGUUUGUUCAUAGACACUAACCACUUCUGAAGCCCACCAACCUCUUGACUCUGAAAAAAAAAAUGCAACUUCCUGUGCUGAUGUUAAGUCUUUAUCCUGUCUGAAAAUGCAGAGCUGGAAGGUGUGUGUAAGGGUUAUCAUCAGGUAGUUCACAUGUCUGCCUGUAGACAAUAAAUGAUUAAAGCAAAAAAUUGGUGUUAAUGCAAAACAUUCAUGCCUGAGGUUCCAAUGUCUCAGACUUAAUCCUCAGGACCACCAUAAGCCAGAGCUGAGCAGUGCUCUGGUCUCUCUCUAUUUCGCUUUCAUAAAUAAUGAUAGUAAUAAUAAUUUUCAAAAGGUUUUUGUUAAAUCAAAAAGAUCACCCAGGAAUGAACUCUCUUCAAAGUAUUUCUCUUCAAAGUAUUUUAGUAUCAGUGUAACUGCUCUGCAGAAAGCCCAGUGCUGCCAGCACCCUGGAGAUUGUAAAGGCACAUGUGAGGAUAUUUCCUGCCUUCUGAGGGUCUUAAAGUAUAAAUGCAGUUGCCCUCUCCACUUCCUCUUUGCCUUUUUUCCCUCCUAGAAUAGCAUUAAAAGUCCACUGAAUACCCAUUGCCUUCCAAAGAAUGGUUCAGAAAGUCAAGUCUUUGAUUUUAAUCACCACAAAAUGUCUUUGCUUAUUAAUCUUUUCUGUGCCUGACAGUCCACCUUUGACAUCAUAGCUGUUCCCUAGCAACCUGACCCAAGUGAAUGUUGAGCAUCUCUGUUCUUCAUGAUAAAGGGGGUAGGCUGAGAGGCACAGAGGGUUACCCAUUGUCUCCCCCUAAAAAUACUGUUUGUGACCUUGGGAAUGCAGAGUGCCUAGAAGGGGGAGAGGAGCUGCCUGUCUUGGAUAGACAUUCAUACUCUAAAAAAGACUUUUGGCCCUUUUCAUGCAUUUUCAUUUCUAUUUUAAGUUCCUUACACAUGGAGCAGCAUUUCACACUUUACAAAAUGUUUGCAUGUACAAUUUAUCGCCUGAUGCUCAAAGUGACCUUCCCAAAAUAGGCAGAGCAUCCUUCACUUAUGGAAGAGGGAGUAGAAGUUGAGCAAGAAGUCACUGCUUCCCUGGCCAGAGUUCAUAACCUUUUAAUGGAAAUUUAGGAGUAUUUAAAGUGAGUAACAAUUCAAGUUCAUCCUUUUUUUUCUUUAGAAAAUGUAGUAAUUAGUUUCUACUUGGUCAGGUGUAACUGGGGUCUUGAAACUUCUAGAUUUGUUCCUCAAUUUGGAGGGGAGGAGAGAGGAUGAAAUAGAGGAUAGUUUCAUUGUGUGAGGUAAAUUCACUUGAGAAGUCUUUAUCUUUUCCCAAGAAGUGGGUUUAAUGUCAAGGCAUGGUAAAAAAAAUGAAGAUGGAUUAAGUGGUCAUUAACAAGCAGACAUAGAACAAUAACCGGUGUGACUCAGAUUUUUCUGCUUUGAGUCCUCCCCUGUUAAUACGGAUGGAACUUUUGUUCAUUAAGUUGCACUGUUACAAUGCAUGCAUUAUACCUCUCAACUUUGAAGACUGUCUCAUGUUCAGGACUUGAGUUAAUGGUUUCGUAGAGGGUUCAGCUGGAAUACCUUGGGGUGCUGGCAUGUCUCUGAGACAUGAAGACUUGGGCCUCAAAUUUCUUCUUCUGGAGCCUGACACUGGUGCUCUGUCUGCCUCCAGUGUUGACUUUACCCCAAACCCUGGCCAUCCCUGAGAAGCUGCAGGAAGCUGUGGGGAGAGUCAUUGUCAAUGCCACAACCUGCACAGUCACCUGUGGUCUCGGCUACAAGAUGGAGACCGUCUGUGAGGUGGGCCCUGAUGGAGUGAGGAGGAAGUGUUUGUCGCAGCGCUUGGAGUGUCUGACCAACUGGAUCUGCGGGAUGUUGCACUUCACCACCGUCAUAGGGCAGGAGUUUGAGCUGAGUUGUCUGAGCACAGACAUCCUGGAGGUUGGCCGCGAGGCUUUCCGCUUCACCUGGAGACUCGCUCGGGGCAUCAUAUCAACCGAUGAUGAGGUGUUCAAGCCCUUCAGAGCCAGCUCCCACUUUGUGAAGUUCGAGUCUGCUCAGGAGUCCGACUCUGGGACCUACCGCUGUGAUGUGCAACUGCUGAAAAAUUUGAGACGUGUCAAGAGACUCUACUUUGGGCUGAGGGUCCUUCCUCCAAAGCUGGUGAAUCUGAAUUUCCAGCAGUCCCUGACUGAGGAGCAGAAGUUAAUAGAUGAGGGCCUGGAGGUGAAUGUGGUCAACUAUUCCAGGCCUCACCGCCCCCUGUGGAAGAAAAAGGUGGCUUUAACCUUGGCACUUGGUGUGGUCAGCGGAGUGGCUGGAGGUGUGUUGGUCAGUGCUCUUUUCAGCAGUAGACAGGUGAAGGUCUGUCUACAGCAGUUGCUGCAGACCCUGCAGGGUGCUUCCCCCUCUUAGGACUAAGACUAGACAAACACCAGUAUAGAUAACGAAGGAGAGUUUAUUUUUUGACCAAGAAAUGGGGGCGGGGGGUCAGGCUCUAAGUUUCCACUUCCUGGAGAACCAACUGACAGGUUUUCUAGAUUCUGGAGAGGGUUGUGGCUAAGCGAGGU